GGUUAGGGGCGGACUGACCAUUUGAGCACUCGGGCACUGCCCGAGGGCCCGGGGUCAGUAGGGGGCCCCAUGAGAUGUCCCUGGUACCUUUUUAUAGUUUUUUUUUGGGUGUGGGCGAGGACACGGGGGCCCCAUGAUCCCCUAUUGCCCGGGGGCCCCAUGAGUUGUCAGUCCGCCCCUGAGCCUGGUGGAAGUCCUAUUGCCCUGCGUUAGUCUGUUGGAAGUCCUAUUGCCCUGGUAGGGGGCCCCAUGAGAUACCCCUGGUACACUUUUUUUUUUUUUUGAGUUUGGGCAAGGACACAGGGGCCCCAUGAUCCCCUAUUGCCUGGGGGCCCCAU